AUUACAGGUCUUUAGAUGCAUGAAGAGGAAAGAAAGGAAAUGGGCUCAGUGACCUUUUGCGAGUGAUUUCCCCAGCGUUCAAACAGCAGCAUGAAAGCCAGGCUUGUUUCUGAAGUCUGGCGCAAAAUGUCAAUUGCAACUUAUCCCACCGGCCCAAGGAUGUCGUUUGAAAGUGGAUUCUAGAGUCACUGCACAUCAAUGGUGGGACUCUAUGGGGUCUCUGUACCUCUAAUUCAAGUAACAGCUCUAUUUUUUACCUUCGGUUAAUGUCACCAUGUAAUUUGGGUGUGCUCAAUUGUUAAGCCGAAAGACAUGACACAUUACAAUGAGUAUGUACACACAGGAAAUAUUUACAGAUUCAUGUAAGUACAGGAAGGGAACUAUGUUGUAAUUUUCCCAACACCAUGUGGAUUCCCCUUUUUGUCCAGAUCAAGGAAAUCAGUUGAAUUACUCUUGGUAGGGCUUUUUUUCUGAGGAAGUAUGCCUGAAAUUCAAACCUGUUUCUCGUAUCUGAUGUGAUUCGUCAAAGAGGAUGAGGAAGCCAGAAGGUUUUUACAGGGUCAAUGAAAAACCAAACUGUUUGAAUAUAGCUAUCAGCUGAUUGAACACAAUCAGUAUCACGUCCCUGUCAUGUUGACUGUGACUAGAGAACAAACAAAGUUAUUUUAGGGAGGCUGUGUUAUUGAAGACCUUUUAGAACUCACCUGAAUGAAUGAUUCCAGCUACACAAAUAAAUGGAUCUCAGCAUAAACAAGGCUAUGACGCAAGUCCACACUGCCCUUUUGAUAAAUAAUAUUUAGCAAACAUGUUUUUUUUUUCUAGGAAACAACAGCUCAAACAUGACACAUCAUUUCAACAACCACAGUGCGUGGAUAGAAUUUCCGCUUACUUAUUUUGUACACUGUAGUGUUAUAAAGACUAUUUCAUUCUUACACACGUACAAAACACCCAUCAAGGUUUCUGUUUGCAUAUGCCCGGCCAGCAAACCUCCAGUGAGUCCGCUUCGUCAUCGACUCUCAUUUCGACAGCUGUUCACGGCCUGUGGGGGAAUUCCUGGUUCCUCGAGUAGACACAGCCUUUCCCCUGCUUACUUUAUGGGAACAGGGGGCAGGGCCACUCAGAUGGUUUUCCUCAGAAACUAUUAUGUGUUGAUUCAUUGUGAGGGGGCGUGCUGCUCACCACUCCCACUGUUUCCUUCUUACUGGGAAGUGACUGUUAGGCUUACCGAACAGAGGGAGCGUAUGAAAAACAGAUAAGAGGGGAGGGAGGGAGACUGAUGGGUGAUGUGAAUGAUGGUGGUAUUUAAGGUGCUUGCUCUGAAUGUCAGACAGUCUGCUGAAUCCUUCCAGGGGACUUGGACGCCAUGGGAGAGUGAGCAGUCGGCCUACAAGCAGAAAACACAGUUUUGUUCGAGGCCGUGGCAUGGAUGAGGUACGGCCUACCAGUGGGGCUCCAGCCCACGGACUGGUGCCGAUGUUUCCCCCUGGACUGCAGGCUAUCUACGGGGAAUGCCGGAGACUUUACCCCGAGCAGGCCAACCCGCUUCAAGUGACCGCCAUUGUAAAAUAUUGGUUAGGUGGUCCUGACCCGUUAGACUACAUCAGUAUGUAUCGCAGUGCGGGCUCUCCGGCUCAGGACAUCCAGGAGCAUUGGCACUAUGUCAGCUUUGGACUCAGUGACCUGUACGGGGAUAAUCGGGUUCACGAAUUCACAGGGACAGACGGACCCAGUGGGUUUGGUUUUGAGCUCACUUUUAGACUCAAAAGAGAGACGGGAGAGACGGCACCACCAACCUGGCCGGCUGAACUCAUGCAGGGGUUGGCUCGCUAUGUAUUCCAGUCAGAAAACACAUUUUGUAGUGGCGACCAUAUAUCGUGGCACAGUCCUCUAGACAACAGUGAAUCUCGUAUCCAGCACAUGUUGCUGACAGAGGAUCCACAGAUGCAACCCGUUCUGACUCCGUUUGGCACAGUGAGCUUUCUCCAGAUUGUGGGUGUUUGUACGGAGGAGCUACAGGCGGCCCAGCAGUGGAACGGCCAAGGCAUCCUGGAGCUGAUGAGAGGAGUCAGACUAGCUGGCGGCCCCUGGCUAAUCACAGACAUGAGGAGAGGGGAGACCAUUUUUGACAUUGACCCACACCUACAACAGGAGAGGGUGGAUCAGGGUAUUGAAACGGAGGGCUCUAACCUGAGUGGGGUCAGCGCCAAGUGUGUGUGGGAUGAUCUGAGCCGACCGCCAGAGGACGAGGAGGACAGCCGAUCCAUCUGCAUCGGAUCCCAGCCCCGGAGGCUCUCAGAAAAAGACACGGAGCAGAUCAGGGAGACCCUGAGAAAAGGCCUGGAGUUUAACACCAAGGCAGCACUACCACCCAUCAGCAGCCAGAGACCGAGCCACGACAGACCUCAGAGUCGGAAGGACAGUUUGGAGAGCGAGAGCUCAGCAGCCAUUGUUCCUCAUGAGUUGGUCCGAACACGACAGUUGGAGAGCGUCCAUCUGAAAUUCAACCAGGAGUCAGGCACACUGCUGCCGCUCUGCCUGCGGGGCCGGUUGCUCCAUGGGAGACACUUCACUUACAAAAGCAUCAACGGAGACACAGCCAUCACAUUUGUGUCUACUGGAGUUGAAGGAGCUUUUGCUACAGAGGAGCAUCCUUAUGCCGCUCAUGGCCCCUGGCUUCAGAUAUUGUUGACUGAAGAGUUUGUGGAGCAGAUGCUGGGGGAUUUACAUGAACUGAACACUCGUGAGGAGACAAAGUUACCAAAGGAGUACAGUUGGCCAGAAAAGAAGCUGAAGAUCUCUGUCCUACCAGACUCUGUGUUUGAUAAUCCACUGCAAUGAGACAGAGACACUUCCUCUCUAGAAACACCAGCAGACACACACUUCCAGAGUGUCCAUUUUGAGCAGGAGACCUCCGACCAUGCAGCGACCCUGAGCUUUCAGAAAUGUUGUUCCCCUGUGGACGGCCAGAGACUGAAAAUGAUCUGAGGGAAGGUCUAAACUCUUUUUGACUUCCUGCAUUCUUAGACUAGCCCUACAGUUCACAACAUUUCUCUUAGGCUUGAAUACUUUUGAGAAUGUCAAACCAGCCGGUCCAGAUGGUUAACAAUCAUUAUAUGUGACACACUAGCUGUAGGGCAAAACAGGAAGUUGUCAUUCCUCCAGUAAGGCCUGCCACAUCUGAGGUCCAAAAUAAAAGUCACAAAUACAGUUGAUACCGCAUCCUGUGAUCACCAGACAUGGUGUCUCCGGAGAUAACUGUUACAGUUCUAUUUAUUCCACUUGCCUUUAGAAAGGAAGGAAAAUGCACAUGUUGAACAUUCUUACCAGUGUUUCUUUCAAUUGAGCUCAUGUGUAUAGUAUUUACAAAUGCUGGACAUUUUUCUCUUGUGUGUUUGUGGACAUACCAAAGUUUUACCUGUUGGCAGUCUGCUGCCAAUACCGUCUGUGUCAAAUGUGUCAUGAUUUUGUAAUAAUCACAUGAUGGACUGAACUAUGAUUAACUAAAACUUCACUGCGUGUGACUUCCCUGGCACAGGGGAUCUCUUUUUUUUUUCUCACAUGAUGCUUUUAAAAAAAAUCAAAUACAUCAAGUUUGUUGUAAAUGUUCGAAUAUCAGGAAUCCAUUGUCACUGUCUUCUCAAGUGUUGUCGCCAGUAGCCACAUACAUAUUUUGUUGUCAGUAGGACCUGCUUAAAAUUGAGUUGGAGUAAAAUUCCUCAGUGCCUCGUGUUGAAAAUGACUACAUAUUCUCUAUUGACCUUUAAUGCUGCCUACAGUCCUAGAUUUGUUAAACACUAGUCAUUUUAAUCAAGACUGCUGCGUUCAGUCUUUUUCUGAGGGUCAUUGCAUUCCAUUUCAACACUAAAACAGAAAGGACUACUUUUACUGAAAAACUGUACUAUUAUACAACAUGUCAUGGCAUCUUAUUUUUGUUUCCUUUUUUAUUCAGAGUGAUAAAUGUAAAGUUUAGACAUUUUUGAUAUGGUAUUUUGUAAUUACUGUCCUAUGACUGAACUGCCUGAUUGUAAUCCCAAGUGCAUUAAAGUGUGUAGGUAUUUACACAAAUAAAGCUGGAACACUAAUGCAGAAUUA